UGUCAUUAACUCUCCUGACCAGGAGGGGGCGCAGAUGAACAGUCCGAGUGAAGUCUCGCGAUAAGACCAAGUCUCGCGGUCAGAGCGAUCAGCGCCAGCUUCCGGGAGUUUUUCUUGAGAACAAACAGAACCAGAACCGCUCGGUCUGCGGGCUUUUAUUCAUCUGAGACCCUGAAAUGGACGAAGUGCAGGUCCGAGACCUGAAGGAGGACUCGUCCCCGGGUCACCCGGCCCUGAGGAACCAGGACCUGACCCAGCUGUCUCUGAGCGUCUCACAGGUUCUGGCCCAGUACGGCUGGUACCUGCUGGCUGCCACCAUCACCUUCUACCUGCUCCUCCAACACCUGAGGAGGAGGAGGACAUCCAGAACCAGCAGCCAGGACCAGAACCCGCAGACUCCACAAGAGGCUUCGUUGGUGGCCCGGAGACACGGGUCCAUGGAGGCAGCUCGGAGGAGGAUGCAGGAGGAGCUGGAUGCUAAGGCGGCCAUCUUUAAAGAGAAGCAGAAACAGCAAGAAGAGGAGAAACGACAGCAGAAGAUCGAGACCUGGGAGCGCCUGAAUCAGACCAGCCAAGAGGCAGCAGCAUCUUCAUCAUCAUCUUCAUCAGAGGUUCAGAAGCCAAAAACAGACAAGAAGCCUCUACGCAGCAACGACUACAACCCUCUGACGGGUCAGGGGGGCAGCUCCUGCUCCUGGAGGCCUGGCAGGAGAGGACCAUCAGCUGGUGGAUGAGGUUAGGUGUGGGAGGUGCUGGUCUUUGACCUCUGACCUCUCAGCCUGUGAUGCAUGGUGACUGUUUGGACCAAGUUGAAGAUGAAACACAAGCCCCGCCCCCUGACCUCUGACCCACACAGUUUAUAUUCAUUUAAAAAUUGGUUACAAAUAAAACAUUGUCUACAUCAAACAGACACAAACUUUACAGGAAGUGUUGAAAAGCUCAGACCUCAGAGCAGGAAUGACAUCAGUACUGUUGUCCUGGUGAGUGGGGUCAAAGGUCAGGCUCUUGUGUAGCUGCCAGCUUGUCAUGAAGCUGAUCCUGGAAAUGGUUUUGAACCAGCAGGUUUGGCCGAUCCGGUCCUCAGUCUGUGCUUUGAUUGUUUUUUCUCUCUACAAUAAGAGUUUUUGGUCAACAUUUUUAUUUAAUGACAAUAAAUUCUCCAGAUGUCCUUGAGUUUAAAGUAUGAAAC